AUGCCGCCCGCUCCUGCACCACCACCUGUCCUGGUCUGCCGGCAGCCGCCAGUGCACCACCUGUCAUACCCGCCUCCGCCCGCUGGCGCGCCAGCUCUUGUCACGCCAAGUCUGCCGCCUGCAAGUGCACCACCUGUCCUACCCCGCCGCCGCCCACUGGUUCAUCACCUGUUCUACCCAGCCGCCCCCCACAGGUGCACCACCUCAAGUCCUGUUCCGCCGGAACCUCUAGUGCACCACCAUCUUUCUUGCCCCGCCGGCGCCAAAUGGUACACCAACUCGUUUAGUGCCACGGCGCUGGCCGCUGGUGCACCACCUCCAGUCCUGCCUCGCCGCCGCCCGCUGGUUCACCACCUCCUGUCCUGUCCCUCUGCCGCCUGCUUGUGCACCAACUCCUAUCCUGCUCCACCGCCAACCGCUGGUACAGGUGCAGGGGAGACCCCCGGUGGGUGA